AUGUUGGGAAACAUGAAAAAUGAAGAUGUUUCAAUGCGAGAAUUUUGGGCAUUUCGCUUCCAACACAGAAUGGAAGGCACAACUCUUCUACGAGGAGGACGUUUGUUUCAACAACUUGCAGUGGAUUGUUAUUCUGCAAUUGAACAACACCGUUUGAAUUAUAUAAAGACACAUCAAGCUAAAUUGCGUGUGGAUUUAUAUCAAGGUCUCACUGGUGCUGUUGUUGUUGGGGAUACAGAUGCUAGUGCGGUGGGAAUGAGGAUAAGUCUACCAUCUUCAUUUACUGGAGGUCCUCGAAAUAUGUUGCAACAUUAUCAUGAUGCUUUAGCAAUAUGUAGAGCAAUUGAACCUCCAGAUUUUUUUAUUACAUUAACAUGCAAUCCAAAGUGGGUAGAAAUUUCUAGAGAUUUAUCAAAAUUUCCAAAUCAAUGUACAGAAGAUCGUCCUGAUAUACUAGCAAGAGUAUUCAGGAUGAAACACAAAGAAAUGUUACGUCUGUUGAAAGAUAAAAUGUUCUUUGGACAAGCAAUUGCAGAUGUUCAUGUUAUUGAUUUUAAAAAACGAGGAUUGCCCCAUUCGCAUAUUACGUUGACUCUUCAAGAUGGAUUUAAACCAAUCACUUCCGAAGAAAUUGAUAGGUAUAUAUGUGCCGAAAUUCCUGAUAAAAAUGUCGACCCACUUGCCUAUAAUAUUGUUACAAGACAAAUGGUUCAUGGACCAUGUGGAGUAUACAAUCUCAAUGCUCCAUGUAUGGUGGAUGGAAAGUGUAGUAAGCAUUAUCCAAAGAAGUUUUAUCCACAUACUACGAUAGAUAAAAAUGGAUUUGUUUCGUACAGAUAUAGAUGUGAUCCUUCAAAGACAUUUUCUGUAAACGGUGUCAAGAUGGACAAUCGUUGGAUUUUUCCAUACAAUCGAGAUCUGCUUGUGUUGUUCAAUGCUCACAUAAACGUAGAGAAGUGUGCAUCUCCAAAAUUGAUGAAGUACAUGUACAAAUACAUGUGUAAGGGGACAGAUCGGGCAAUUGUUUCUCUUAAGAAAAAUGUUAAAGAUGCAAUGAACAAUGAGCAAAGACACAAAAGAAUUGAUGAAUUCAAACAAUACGUAGAUUUUCGUUACAUAUCAGCAAUUGAAGCUUGUUGGAGAAUUUAUAAAUUUGAACUUCAGAAGUAUUCCCCAGCAGUUGAACGUUUGCAGUUUCAUUUGCCAAAUCAACAGUUUGUAGUAUUUCAUGAAAGAGAGAGUUUAGUCAAUGUUGUAGAUCGUUUCGGUGUUCAACAUACAAUGUUGACAAGAUGGUUUGAAGCCAACAAAAACAACGUUGCUGCACGAAGGCUAACUUAUGUGAAUUUCAGUUCUGAAUGGGUUUGGAGAAAAAAUACAAAAGACUGGGUUACUAGACAAAAGGGUAGGAGUAUUGGGAGACUUCCAUAUGCACAUCCAGGUUCAUGGGAGAAAUAUUACUUGCGGAUGUUACUCUAUAUUGUUUGUGGAGCACAAUCUUUUGAGGAUCUUUGGACAUUCAAUGGAUAUGUUUAUUCUACCUUCAAGCAGGCAUGCGCCGCACGUGGUUUACUGGAUGAUGACAAUGAAUGGCAUGAAGCAUUGUCUGAAGCUUCCAGCUGGGCUUCUUCUUCGAAAUUGCGGAAUAUGUUUGCGACAAUGCUUAUGUUUUAUGAGCUAACCAACCCUGUUAACUUAUGGGAACAACAUUGGAGGUCAAUGGUUGAUGAUUUGCUCUAUAAUUUGAGAAGAGAGUCGAGAAAUGACGUUCCUGUAUGUGACAUGGAUCUCAAGGAUUGGGGGCUUCAAGAAAUUGAAUUGAUACUUAGCAAAAAUGGUAGGAGUCUUGCAGAUUUUCCUCCGAUGCCACAACCAUCGAGUAGAUCAUUUUCAUAUCUAUCAAAUAGACUGAUACGAGAAGAGCUCGAUUACAAUGCAAGUAAUGAAAAACAAUUAUUUCAUUCAUUGCAUGCGGGAUUGAAUAUUGAUCAACUUCGUGCUUACAAUGAAAUUAUUGAAGCUUAUGAAGGUAAACAUGGAGGGCUUUUCUUUGUCAAUGGGAGUGGAGGAACGGGAAAGACAUAUUUGUGGAAGACCAUUGUUCUUAAGUUUCGAUCACAGAGAAAAAUUGUACUAUCAGUUGCAUCAUCUGGAAUUGCAGUUUUAUUACUGCCAGGGGGUCGAACCGCACAUUCACGUUUUAAGAUACCAAUUGAAUUGGAUGAAUCAUCACAUUGUUCCAUUAAUCUCAACUCCAAUUUGGCACAUUUGAUUCGAGAGUACUCAUUAAUAAUAUGGGAUGAGGCACCGAUGAUGCAUCAUCAUGGAUUUGAGGCAGUGAAUAGAACAUUGCAAGAUAUAUUAAAAAGUUCUGAAAUUUUUUGUCGUAAUAAGCCUUUUGGAGGAAAGUUAUGCAUAUUAGGGGGAGAUUUUAAGCAAAUCUUGCCUGUAGUAACUAAAGGAAGACGUGAGGCUAUUGUGGAAGCUUAUCUUCAUAAUUCUGAGUUAUGGAAUCAAUGCAAAGUUAUCCAUUUGUAA